AUGGCCACAAGUCUGCAAGAAAAGGCUAUGUGCCCAGUUUGCCUGGAUUUUUUCUCCAAUCCCAUUUCUCUCUCUUGUGCACAUGUUUUCUGCUUUGAUUGCAUGCAAACUUGGGUGUCAAAAAGGGAGGAUUCAAAAUUGACUUGUCCCUUGUGUCGAGAAUCAUCGGAGAAACCUCCUUUGGAAGAAUGGCAAAUCAGAACACUGACACUUCUCAUCAAGCAGCACGGGCCCUUACUGGAGCUAAGUCUGCACGUGCGCAGUGAGCUCCAGCGGUUCCGGGAAGAUAUGACCCUGGAUGCAGCCACCGCCAACUCCCUUCUUGUCGUCUCCGAUGAUGGAAGGAGCGUCCGGUGUGCAAAGACCCAUUACGACACGAUGGAAGACCCCCGGCGAUUCACUCACCUGGCCGGUGUCCUGGGUACACCCUGCUUCUCCUCCGGCCGACAUUACUGGGAGGUUGAAGUGGGCGAGGUGAAGGAGUGGUCUCUGGGUGUCUGCAAGGAGUCGGUUGACAGAAACAGGAAGAGCGAUUUAUCCUCUAAGGACGGCUUCUGGACCAUCAGCAUGAAGGCAGGAGCAAUCCAUGCCAACUCCAUCCCAGAAAGUAGAAUUCCUGCAAGCCCUGGCCUUCAGCGUGUGGGAAUUUUCCUGGAUGUUGAGAUGGAAGAAAUCAAGUUUUUUGAUGUUGGAAAUGAUGCCCUCAUUUAUGCAUACUGUCCUCUCUCCUCUUUGGAGCGUUUUUGUCCCUUCUUCCUUCUUGUGCUGCCAGGAGAACGUGACAGCGGUGCUGCCCUCAGAAUCUACCCAUGA